CUUGGACCAAGACAAGACCCCAUUCUCAUAUGACACAUCUCAGCUACGGCGGCGACAUACGCCCGCGGUAACCAUGCCGGAUGAACCAUCGGCCAAUGCAGAGGAUGUCAAAAGACGUCCAUCGACUGACCUCAGCGUCGGUGGAGGCUUCUAUGAAUGUAACAUAUGCUUUGAUACCGCCACACACCCUGUGGUCACUGUCUGUGGCCAUUUAUUCUGGUAAGUAAUGGGGUAUCUAUCACCGUGACCCGCACCUAUAUAAUGACCUCAUGUCUUUCCGCAGUUGGUCUUGCCUUGCUCAAUGGCUUCACCAGACCUCGCGAAAUCCAACUUGUCCAGUGUGCAAAGCCGGUUGUGGAAAGGAUAAAGUAGUGCCUGUCUAUGGUCGUGGACGGGAGCAAAAGGAUCCAAGAGAGGACCCAACGAUACCAACACGUCCACCUGGGCAACGGCCGGCUCCGUUGCGUGAUCCAAAUUCUUCAUUCUUUGGAGCUCCAAUGCGAGGAGCCACCUAUAGCACUGGUAACUUUGCUAUCUCGGCUGGAUUUGGCGUCUUUCCUGGAUUGUUUGGCGUUACCAUUAACCAUACUCGUAUGUCUCCUCACGCUCGAGCUCAACAAGAUGCUUUCAUGGCUAGAUUGUUCUUGAUGAUCGGAGCCUUAUUUAUUAUAACCAUCGUAUACAGUGGCUAGUUCUUUUCACUCUCAAUGGAGGAAAAAAAAAAAGAAAAAAAA